AUGGCCACCAUCGUCCAGCGACCCACCUUGGUGCCCGAACGAAGCGCGACCCCACCACAGCUUUCCAUCAACACCUCCCAGCGAGGAACACCCGCUCCUGUACCGAAUAAACACAUUCCCUACUGCUCGCCUGGUCCGCGUCCAGCCGGUCGUCAACUAGACACUCCACCCGCGUCGCCGCCAUCGCCUAGUCCGCUCGUCGAAACAACCUCGCUGAUCCACCCACCCAACGCCGCCGAUAAACUCUUCAAUGAACCGCCGGUCUACUCAAUAACCGCCGAGAAGUUGUCGCAUGCGUUGGAUCACAUCUCAUCGCAACCGCUGCCUUCACCGCAGCAGGUCUUUCCAUGGCUGCACGGAUUACACGCCGACAAUCAAUUACAACUCGCCUUUUUCAUCGCGAGGAAGAGGUCGUUGCGAAGGACGCCGAGAUGCAUUCGUGGGAUAACCUUGGUCAAGGCGGGAGGUGACCUCUCAUACAGCAAAUUGAAAGGCGCUAUUGCACCGGAAGAGUUGCUGCGACCAACACAACCAGGCAAGAGCAAGAAUGAGGAGCCGGAGUUUCUUGAGCCUGACCCUCGGGAGGGAUUCAGCGUGAGAAAUUUCCAAAUCCAGGCGUGUAAGAUGUCGACUGUGAGCGAUAUUGUGGUGUACGGUGAUGAUAACACGCCGAGGGAGGAGGUCGUGAGAUUGGCCAAGAGCGUUGCGCUGGCGCAGACUGCGUGGCAGAGGAAGAUGGAGGGAUCGAGCAGUAACAGCCGGCUGUUCAACACGUUCAUUCUGGAGGACGAGUAUAACUUCAUCGAAUGCGACUUUCCCGAUUUGAUCGCUCUCGACUCGGAGGGAUGCAUGACGGGCAAGGUCAUGGACUUCUUUCACUGGGAGAGACUGGAAAUGUGCUCCAUGUCAGCACCCAGCGAAAUCGCGCCCAAUGUCUGGCUAGGUCCCACGCCCGACCCAAGCUUACAGCUGAACCUCGACGAGAAGAUGCCGAAUUUUGAUCUCCUGAUUGAAUGCAGCGACAUUGCACAGAUGCCGGAUAACAAGUCCUUCGCGCUGGUGGAAGAGCUGUUUCAACAAAAGAACGAAUCCACGGCAUGGGACGAAAAUGUCAUCCACCAACUCGAAUUUCCAGGCUCUGGAUCCAUCAUGCCUCCAACGUGGUCGCAGGCAGAAGUCGACUCCCUCGUCGCGACAUGCGAAUGGAUCCACAAACUCGCUACCGGCGCUGACUCCUCCUCUUCCCUCCAGUCGAAACGCCGCGACAGCAAACUCACACUCACUCCUUCUCCUCCCCUGGAUGCUUCUGGCGACACACUCAUGCGAGACUGCUCGCCAUCUGCCUCCUCCUCCGACAAGGCAAAAGCCAUCCUCAUUCACUGCACGGACGGCUACACCGAGUCUUCCCUCCUCGCUCUCGCAUACUACAUGUAUGCCAACGCCUGCCCGGUCCACACCGCCUGGCUGCAGCUCCACCUCGACAAGAAACGAAACUUCUUCGCCUACGGUUCGGACGUGGCUCUUCUCCGCGCUAUUCAACCACGCCUCAUCUCUGCUUCCCCGAAGCACACCGGCUCCAUCUCCGCGCUCUGUCCGCCUGUCCCUGCGUGGUUGGAGAAGAUGGAUGGAUCCUUGCCGUCAAGAGUUAUGGAUUAUAUGUACCUUGGCAAUCUGGGACACGCGAACAACCCUGGCUUGCUGAAAGAGCUGAGAAUCGGACAGGUGUUGAGUGUAGGUGAACCAGUCGCUUGGACGGAAGAGGAGAAGGGGGCGUGGCCAAAGGACAGACUAAUGUUCGUGGACAAAGUCCAAGACAACGGCGUCGACCCAUUAACAGAGGAAUUCGGACGCUGCCUCGAGUUCAUCGCCAACGGCCGCAAAGCCGGAACAGCAACUCUCGUCCACUGCCGCGUCGGCGUCUCCCGCUCCGCGACCAUCUGCAUCGCUGAGGUGAUGAACGAACUCGGCCUGUCGUUUCCAAGGGCGUACUGUUUUGUGAGAGCGAGGAGACUGAAUGUGAUUAUCCAGCCGCAUCUGAGGUUUUCGUAUGAAUUGUUGAAGUGGGAGGAAUGGCAGUGUCAGAAGAGGGGGAAGCCGGUGAGGAGGGAGUUGGAGUGGAUGGAGAUUGCGAGGGAGAUUGCGGCUAUGAAUCGGCCUUAUUCGAGGCAGGGGUAG